AAAUUCUGAAAAACACAUCUCUCUCUUCAAAUUUCAGUUUCUUUCUUUGGGAACUUUGAUCCGAGGACAUAAUGUCAGGUAUGGAGGGUGUCAAAGAGCAAGAGCAGGUGGAUGGAAGUUCCAUGCCCCCAUCUAAAGAGGAGGAAGAAGUUGUGAAGAAAAAAUAUGGAGGCAUCAUGCCCAAGAAACCACCACUCAUUUCUAAGGAUAAUGAACGAGCUUACUUUGAUUCUGCUGAUUGGGCACUUGGAAAGCAUGGUGGUGAGAAACCUAAAGGUCCUCUUGAAGCUCUUCGGCCAAAAUUACAGCCUACACAACAGCAGACACGAUACCGAAAGUCUCCAUAUGCCCCUGCAGAUGGUGAAGAUACAGGAAGCUCGCCAUCAGAGGAUGCACCAGCAAAUGAAUGAGAAAUUACUAUUGGCCCUUUGAUCUAGCAAGGAAUUCUGAUUGUUAUUCACCUAGGCAGUGGGUAAUUUUCUGUUGUUUCGGGCAAAUAAAGUUUGUAUAUUGCCGAAGGGAACAAAAUGACACAUUUCAUGAGUUGAGUGUACAAUUUGUGUAAUGGUAAUUCACAUUACACGAUUCAAACAACUUUACCAGUCGUGAAAUACGGCUAGGCUAGAUCAAGAUAUCCACCAUGCUUAUUCAUGGCUGUGUUGCUCGAGGAACAAUAGACGCCAUUUUCCAUCCAAAGUACCUCUUUUUUGCUGAUGAUGCCAAA